GCCUUGGACUCAGAGAUCCGCCUGCCUCUGCCUCCCGAGUGCUGGGAUUAAAGUCAUGUGCUACCACCACCGGGCUCUUUUAAUACUCACAACCAUUGUCCCAUUUUACAAAUGGGGAAACUGAGACACAGAAACUGUGCUUAGGUCAUACAACCAAUAAGUCAAUUGGAACUUGAAUUUGAGUCAUGAAUAUGGCUAGGGCCAGGCCCACACCUACAGAUGGGCAGUUGGGGGAGGGCGUAAGGAUUGGAAAGAGGUUUAACUUGCUUAGGAUGGGCCCUGGAUGCAGAUGUGGCAUGGUUAGAAACUGAUUCUGAAGAAUCUGGGGAACCAGGGACGGGUGUGAGCAAACCGGUGUAGCCUGUCAGUUAUACACCUAGGGCCGUGCACAUGGCCAUCUGUGGGAGGCCCCAGGACAGGAGAGCAGCUGUCCUGCCAGGGACUGUGAGGCUUCGAGGGUCACAGGGGGGCUUGGCCCCCAAAAAUACUGGUGCUAGAGAAGAGGAGGAACAGAGGCACCAAACAAGGGGCUGGGAGGAAGAAAAGGCCAAGUUCACUCUGGGUAGGGAAAGAGGCGAGAAGCAGUGCUGGGAUUCAGACUCAGGACCCAGACUCCAAGUUCCUGUUGCCUCUGUGGAGAUGAGAAGGGCCCCUGAGGCCAGAGUCAAGAUGGCUUCUACAGCCAGCAUCUUCUUGCCCCCAGGGUCAGAAAGGGACAGCUUCAUAGGACAGGUGUCUGGGCCUUUGAGCCCUGGCUCUGUCCUUCCCAUAAUCACUUCCUCAGUACUGAUCCUUCCAAAUAGACAGAGAGCCCCAGGCCUUACAGCCCAUAGAGCUGUACAGCUGUGCGCUCUGUGGUCCUACAAAGUGCCCCACCCCCAUUCCCUAUCAUGCCAUGAUGGGCCCUGAGGACUCCAGCUCUCUGCAGCUGACAUCCAAGGCCUCUACUGCAGCCCAGCUGGCCCUAGCCAGUCUUUCCAGUUUGUGGCUCUACCCACCUGUCGCCUGCCUGGCCCUGGCCACUACCUGUGUACGUCAGGUGUACCCUGCCUGACCAGUCUUUACCACUUGGAGCGGUCAGGGAAGUCCUGUGACCUGCCUUCUCUGCCCUGUUGUCAGAAAUGAAGCUAGACCCCAGUGUUCUUUGUGUUCUGGUCCUGUUUCCCUCAUUCUAAGGGUGACUAUGGCAUGAAUUUCCCUGUGGAUUCUGUUCUUCUUCACAUCGGACAGGGAGGACGAUGGUAAACCAGAGAAACGACUGCACCAGCUUGGCGACCGAUGGGUUUACUAGGGUUCCUUUACUGGGGAAUGGGUAAGAGGUUACUCGUAGAAGCGUGGGUGGCUCCUGGAGCCGUGUCAUGGGAAAGCCCGCUCUAGCAUAGGUGACAAGUCACAUAAAGAGCUUUGUAGCUUUCCCCAUUCAGUUAACCUCCCACCACCUAUAUAUUCCCCAAGCUGGACAGUGUUGAUACAACAAGGGAAGCAGGAGGUGUUGGGUGGCUGGAAUCUCAAGGGAGAGUCCAGUGACUCCUCUCCCGUUUCUGCGAGGGAAUGCCAACCUCCCAGUCUUGAGCAGAUAGUCACAGUUGCUCUGGUUUUGAGACAACGGUGGCCACGUCGUACCUGGAGGACAGGGUUCCACAACCACAACAGCUCGCCCCGUGUGGUGUGUCAUGUCAGGAACUGAGCAGUUUAAUGGUCCCAGCAACUCUCUGAGGCUGACGCUGUUACAGGCUCGCUUUACGGGUUGGAAACCAAGACAAGGGACGGUGCCACCAACAAGGCCAAGUGGUAGCAGCUGCAUUGGCUCCCAGGCAGACCCCCAUGUGAACUCCGCUCUCCCUGACUCCUCGUUGACAUUUGCCUCUUUGGCUAACUGCAGACUGUUCAAAGUUUAGGGACUGUGUCUCUACAAUUAGGGUGGCCACACAAACCUGAUGGCCAGUGUGUUCUCAGCAACUCCAGAGUGUUGCUGUUAAAUAAAGGGAGUGGAGAGCUUGAGGGAUCUCGAACGUGUUUUUGGAGUCACCCAGAACUUCGUUUCUAUCUCUUAAUAGCUUUGUGACCCAAGGCAACCUGUCUGGCCUCUUUGGUCAUCAGUUCCUCUCUCUGUAAGAUAGAACCUUCUAGACUGCUGUGAGUACUGGGUGAUGAGCUACCUGUGAAAUUCAGACGUGAGCCACACAUACUUUCAGUUCCAGUGGUUCCAAGUCUCCCUGCGGGCAGCUAUGCUCACUUGCCAUGUCCUUCCCUUGUGGCUGCUCUGUCACUUAGGAGUUUGUUGACAGUUUCCUGUUUGCUAACUGGCCUCUCAGCUGGGAGUGAGUUUUCUGGCGUACUCUCCCCUGGCAAGCUUUGUGGCCAUGGGCCUUCCCUUAGAUUUGUUUCCCGUCCUGGCGAAGGCAGGGGUUGGAGCAGAUGGUCCCUCCUACUCCUUCCUGCUUUUGCCAUCUCAGGAAGCAGGGAGGGGCUGCCUGGACACAGCAUGAGAUGGGACAUGAAGCGGUGACAGGAGCCUCAGGUGGAACACAGUGACCACAUCCCAGCACCCUGUAAAUGCCAGGUUAUGUGCCCGAGGGUCUAAACUGUCCCCACCCUACGACCUAUGACUUAUCCUCAUUUUGAAGAUGAGGGCCUUGGAGCUCAGAGAGGUUAGAUGACCUCACGGGGGACACACAGCCAGCAGAUGACUGAGCCAGCUUUCUCACCCAGAUCUGUCUGAUCUGAAGCUGGAGAAGACGGUGGAGUGCAGAGUGAUGCAGAGGGAGCUGAAGGAGCAGCUUCAAGCCCUUCAGGACAGUGAGCGUGAGCACACGGAGGCGCUGCAUCUACUUAAGCGACAGCUGGCGGAGACCAAGUCCUCUACCAAGAGCCUGCGGACCACCAUCGGGGAAGCCUUUGAGCGUUUGCACAGGCUACUGCGUGAGCGCCAGAAAGCCAUGCUGGAGGAACUGGAGGCUGACACGGCCCGCACACUGACUGACAUUGAGCAGAAGGUCCAGCGCUACAGCCAGCAAUUGCGCAAGGUGCAAGAGGGUGCCCAGAUCCUGCAGGAGCGGCUGGCUGAGACCGACCGGCACACCUUCCUUGCUGGAGUGGCCUCCCUGUCUGAGAGACUCAAGGGGAAGAUCCAUGAGACCAACCUGACGUACGAAGACUUCCCGACCUCCAAGUACACGGGCCCCCUGCAGUACACCAUCUGGAAGUCUCUUUUCCAGGACAUCCACCCAGUGCCAGCUGCCCUGACCCUGGACCCAGGCACCGCCCACCAGCGCCUGAUCUUGUCAGAUGACUGCACCAUCGUGGCCUACGGGAACUUGCACCCACAACCGCUGCAGGACUCACCAAAACGCUUUGAUGUGGAGGUGUCGGUGCUGGGCUCCGAAGCCUUCAGUAGCGGUGUCCACUACUGGGAGGUGGUGGUGGCAGAGAAAACCCAGUGGGUGAUUGGGCUGGCCCAUGAGGCUGCCAGCCGCAAGGGCAGCAUCCAGAUCCAGCCCAGCCGUGGCUUCUACUGCAUUGUUAUGCAUGAUGGCAACCAGUACAGCGCAUGCACAGAGCCCUGGACGCGGCUCAAUGUCCGUGACAAGCUUGACAAGGUGGGUGUCUUCCUGGACUACGACCAGGGCCUCCUCAUCUUCUACAACGCCGAUGACAUGUCCUGGCUCUACACCUUCCGAGAGAAGUUCCCUGGCAAGCUCUGCUCCUACUUCAGCCCUGGCCAAAGCCAUGCCAAUGGCAAGAAUGUCCAGCCACUGAGGAUCAACACUGUCCGCAUCUAGUCCGGGCCAAGAGAGACCAAAGCCUCCUGGGGCUGUGACCACCAGCAAGAGCCUUGCCCAGCAGACGGGGCCUGGACUACUCAGGCCUACCGUAGCCACCCUGAGACCUCAGGCCUGUUGUUUAUCCCCCAGCCUCCUCUGCCCUGCCUAUGAGCUGGAGACCGUGCUCUGUGGUUGAUAUCCUGUAGCUCUGAUCUUAAUGGGAUGUGACAUGGCUUCUCCCCAGGGCAGCCCUUGCCCAACCCUUCAUCCCUAUUCUCCCAGGGAUAAGAAAUCUCCCCCCUUCUGCCCAGGUGGCCUAGCCUCAUGACAGAGCAGUUGUGAUCAACAGCUAGCAGCCCAAAAGAUGACAGAAUCGUCUUAUGCUCACGGCCUAAGAUGUGACUCACCCCUGACCAUCAGAGGUGGAAGCUGGUCCUAGGGUUGUCUGAGGGUCACCCUCUCCUAUCACCCCUGCACCAAGCUGAGAGCUGUGAGUUUCCUCCUCUCCCACUAAUCUGCAAGUCAGAGGUGAUGCUGUGGCAUGUGACGGGCAGCCCACAUGGUACAGUCAUGCCACUGUCUUCCAGUCCAUGGCCUCUGGGGCAGGGUGAGGUAUAAGGGCCCCAGAGUCCAAUGUAGAGCACUGUCAGGACGAAGCAUCAGUGGACGGAUCCAAGUCCCCAGCAGCUCUAAGGACGGAGGCCCUGCCAGCUCUCAUCAGCCAGGCCUCUGUGACCUGCUGUGGGGAUGGAGAGGGUGCUGGUAGCCGUUCUUGUCAUCAGGUCCUGAACCGCAGGAGGGCUGUUGGUGGGUACCCCCUUGGACUUAGCAUCUGGCUCCCAUCUGGCUUCAUCAGACAAGAAUUCACAAUCAGCUCCCCGGUGGCUUGCAAGAUCACUGCAAGGGUUGGGGGAGGAGAGCCUUGCUGAGUUUCCAGGAACAACUCCAAGCAGCUAAAGUGAUUGUAUCUUGUGGCCAGGAAAGCAGUUUCCUCUCGCAGGGAGCCCCUGCCUCAGGAGCUGCUCGCUGCCACUAUUCAUGCCAGCCCGUGAUUGUCCGAGCCUGCCUCUCUCUCUCAACUCAGGUCCCAAAUCUGCAUCUUUCAGAUGGGUUCUUUUUGUGGAAACUUGAGUCCGAACCCAGACUUUUAACAGCAAAGAAGUCUGGGAAAUGUAGUUUUUCUCUUCCAGCCUCAGCCACACAGAAAGUUAGCAUGGAGGUGGAGCAGGCCCAUCCACAAUUCCCUUGCCACAGCAUCCAGCUGUGAAGAACUCAGGAGAAUCCACGGAUCCACCUCAAGGCCUUGACUUUGAUGCAGAACGGCUAAAGAUGUCCUGUUCCAUGGCUCUGUCCCUGUCCAGAGGCAACACUCCCAGGAGUAGAUAGGAGGAAGAAGUACAACCAAAAUGGCUCCCCAGCCUCACUGUGGUCCUGGGGCUCCAACCCUGUAUUUGGGAUUCGGUGAGCAUGCCCAUCUCCAAGGAGCCAGAAUGGAUGGACCUGAGGGGCUCCCACUUACAACUGCCAUGCUCUGUGGCCUCCCUGAGCAAGAGGAAUCCUGAGCCCUACUCGUGCCCUCGACUCCCAGACUCUGGACUACUCCUGACAGUAUUUUUAUUUAAAACAUCGCCCUUUUUGUGCAUUAUGAUCCAUUUGUAUUAAAUUAAAGUUACAGGG